GGAAGCGCGCGGAACUCCAGACGCUCUUCAGUUCCGUUUACCGGAGACUUCAGCUCAUGCAAUGUGUCACUUCCUAAUAUCAGGAGUUGAUCAGCCUUGAGUUUUUGGAACGAUGAGAGUCCAGAGGUGACUGUAGCGGUAAUCUGGUCAUGGCGUUUCCACAGGGAUACUUGUACCAGUCGUCGCUGUCUCUGUACUCGUGUCCGCCGUACGGCUCCACCGGGAUAACGGCACCGCGAACGGACGAUCUGGGACGGUCCUCCGGUGGAUCUGCUUUCGCCCCAUACGCGUCCACAGCCUUUACGAACACCGCCGCCUUCAGCUCCCUCCAGUACAGCCCCGAAUCCGCAGCCCCCUUCACUUCAUACGGGGGCUCCCCAUAUGACCCUUCUCCAGGCAUGACCGGCUCCAUCGGCUAUCACCCGUAUGCCGGUCCCCUGGGUUCGUACCCUUUCGGGGACCCCGCUUACCGGAAAAACGCAACGCGCGACGCCACCGCCACCCUGAAGGCCUGGCUCAGCGAGCACCGCAAAAACCCCUAUCCCACCAAAGGAGAGAAGAUCAUGCUGGCCAUCAUCACCAAGAUGACCCUCACCCAGGUGUCCACCUGGUUCGCCAACGCCCGCCGGAGGCUGAAAAAGGAGAACAAGAUGACGUGGACGCCCAGGACCCGGAGCGAGGAUGAGGAUGAGGAGGACAGCAUUGAUUUGGAGAAAAAUGAUGAAGAUGAUGAGCCCAUAAAGACAGCCGAGAACACCAAAGAUUCAGAAACCCGCGCGGAAGAUCACGACGACUCGACGGACAGUGUGAUCAUCGACUGCGGAGAAGAAGAAGAAAACCGGACAGAGUCUCCGAUGCCCACGACCUCCUCUCCCCAAGACGACCCGAGUGAAAGCACGAUUAAGCCCCUCAGCGAAAACUGCAAGCCCACAUCUGUCAUCCCCUCCCCGAACCCCAAACCCAAACUCUGGUCUCUGGCAGAAAUCGCUACGUCGGACAAAGGGCGCGAGGAGGUGUCACAUACGUCACGCGCGGGGUCACCACAGUGCACGUUUCCCGCCAGACACUUGUACUACGCGUCUCCAUUUUUCGCGGGUUUCUCGAACUAUGGCGCCUUCGGACAUUUGAACGGCGGCGGUGGCGGGAACUUGACACACCUGAACGGAAUAAACCAGGCGGUGUUACACAGAGCCAGAGACAGCAAACUGGCCCUGGAGAUGUGCAAAGAACUCACUUUCGAGCACAAGAGAGCGAAUAUUUAGCUUUUCUUUUCAUUUUUGUUUUGUAUUUAUUGUUUCCGGAAUGAAACGAACAAGCGUUGUGCUUUUGAACUGUGUACACGACGCAUAAAACUUUUUUAUAUUUAAAAAGGAAUUGGUAUGGGAAUCGUUUAGCUUACCCAGAUGACCAACUACUACAGUAGUAAUAUAUAGUAAACACUGUAGUGCUUUUAUAUAUAGUCAAUUAAAGUGUAUUAGUAGUAUUUAUAACACAAUGCUAAAGCAUACUAGUAUUUACUACACUAAAAAAGUCCUGGUUGCCUUACAUUUUUAAGCUGAAUCAAAUUAACUUUGAGUUCACUGAACUUAUAUUAUGUUAAACCAACUUAAAACAGCUUAUGAAACUUAUAAAUUUAAGUUAGAACAUGAAUAACUUAGAUUAAUAAGUUACAAUGACCUAAA